AUGUGGCUUAACUUCAAAAACGAAUCCUCGAAGCAAAGGUCCGAUGCCGACCUUCGGGCGGCUGCGGCAAAGCACACGAUGCUGACAUGGCAGGGAGGGUCACCUUCAGCAGUCUUGGAGAAUCUCCCCGUGGUGGACCGUGCAGAGGGCGUUUACGUCUACGACUCCACGGGCAAAAAGUACUUGGACUGGACCUCUGAAGCUGUCUGUGUUAAUCUCGGCCACACAAUGCCCGAGACGGUCAAGGCUGCUAUGCGGGACCAGAUGGAGAAAGCAUCCUUUAUCUACGGCGGCAUGGGCCUGGUCGAGGUGCGCGUGCGCUUGGCGUCACUGCUUGCAGAUCUGGCCCCGGGUGACAUCAACGGCUUUUUGUUCCCUUCUUCGGGCGGCGAGGCGAACGAUUGCGCCAUUCGACUGGCGCGGCUCUACACAGGAAAGACAAAGAUCUUCAACCAGUACCGCUCGUACCAUGGUGGCUCACUUGGACCUCUUGGUGCGACAGGAGACUUCCGCAGACACUUCGCCGGAGACUCUGCCACGGGAUUUAUCAAGAUGUUCAACCCGGAGCCGCACUACUUUCGCUGGGGAGAGACGGACGAGGCAGCUUGUGACAUGGCAUUGGCAUGCUUGGAGGAGCAGAUCGUGGCAGAAGGUCCUUCCACCAUCGCUGCGAUCAUGAUCGAAAGCAUCCCCGGUUCAGCUGGUGUGCUGAUACCGGCCGUCGGCUACAUGGAAGGUAUCCGAUCGCUGUGCGACAAGUACGGCAUCCUCAUGAUCUGCGAUGAGGUCAUGACCGGCUUCGGACGCACGGGCGAGCUUUUUGCUUUCCAGCACUUCGAAGGCGUCAUUCCCGACAUUGUCACGAGUGCCAAGGGUUUGACGGGCUCCUGGCAGCCGCUUUCCGUUGUCGGCGUGCGUCAGAAGCUGAAGGACUUCUUCUGGGCACAGCCUCCCGGCUGGGGCUCCACAUUCCAGGCGCACCCCGUGGCUAUGGCUUGCGGAUAUGCUGCAGUGAAGCACAUGCUCGACACGGACAUCUUGAACAACGUGAAGGGGGUGAUCCAGCCUGUGAUGAUCGAGGAGCUCGACCGUCUCGUGCAGAAGUACGACUUCGUGAAGCAGGAGGUUUUUAGUUUGAGCUAUUUCUGGAUUCUGAG